GUAUAGUACAACAACAACCGAAAAGAGAAAGUAGCCUCCCCCCUCACCCCUCCAAAAUGAUAAAUGAUUAGGAGAGGGGCCAAUAAGAUUUGACUACCUCUUUCGGCUUGAAUCCACCGAAUAUUAUAAAAACUGGCCUUAAACUCGCAGACGGCCAUACCAUGACCUCAGACAACAACGUGAUGAAGUUGGCAUUGCUCGUCUUGGGUUGUUUCGUUUGCCUUACCAAACAGGAACGCUACGUUUGGCCAUUCCCGAUCAAUCCCAAUCACGCCGUUUACAAGCCCUUGUAUUACAGCGAUGGCCUCCCAGCUGGUUAUGACGUCAUCAAAAAAUCCGACGGAAUCCAACAGAAUAAGGAUGUAAUCCCUCGCAAUCCUGGGGCGUUGCUGUUACCCCAACAGAAUCGUUUCUUCGUUAACGCAAACAGCAUUUAUCUGUUUACAAUGACCACGACAAUCAAAUCAACAGUGACCUCAACAGCCACAACUGCCGCCGUCGUUAAAUGCAUCCCAUCCACUCAAUUGUCGGCUACGACCGCUUGCGCGCGACGUCGACGUGACACCGAAGAGAAAGUGGUGAUUGGCAACGAUGAUAUCGUCAUUAAACCUGAUCCACCUAAACCAUUGGAAACAAGCGUCAUGUCUGAUGAUGUUCCAGAAGCUGCGCCAUCCGUUGCGCUUCCUGACAUCGCUUCAUCUCAGAGAGAAUUGGAAACAGGUGAAUUUGCAGAUCACCAACAACGAGCCGCGUUCACGACGACAGUGUCUGUCACUUCGUUAACAACGACGUUCGUAUUUGUGGCAACGUCCAUCACGUCCACCACAUCACUGGGCAUUUCCGCUGGUUUACUUUGCCUCCCAUCAGGAUUCACCAUUUGCGCUUAAUUUAAAACCCACGAAAAUUGAAUUUGCUUUACUAUAUUAUUUACUGCUACCUCAUCUUUCGUUUAGCCAUUCCGAAAUACAAUUGUCUUUUUAGUUAUAAA